AUGCAAACUUGUGCAACACUGGAAGGUUCCUCUAUGGGACAAUUCAAUCUGCCUUACAGUCAGGAGCCGGUGGCGUUUCCACACAUCGUUCGAGUAUCUGAUGUGAAGGCAUCACACGAAGGCCACGCGGUCGUCUCUCGAAAGAAGAGGAACGUCCUUUUCCCGAGUGGAGUCAAACUGUGCGCGCAGGAGACAGCGCAGCAGGUUGUUUCAAACCAUCUGAGCUACUUUCAUCUGAGAGUGUGCCAGGAGACCAUAUGGGAGGCUUUCAAGAUCUUCUGGGACCGACUCCCGGAGCAAGAGGAGUACCAAAGCUGGAUGAGCCAGUGCCAGGAAGGCACAGCCACGGCACAAAAUGUUGGCGGCUACUUCAGCCAGUCCGAGGAGCACGAGGCUCUGGUUAGAAAGAGAAUGUCACGGCCUGCUUUGAAAAGUGAACCCACCAAGUCCUGGCAAAAUAUGUGCAGCACUCCGGCACCAGACGCAUCAAAAACUACUGAAGCUCCUAAACUAGAAGAAGCAGCUAAGGUAGAGGAGGAGGUGGUGGAUGCAGCCAUCAUCACCCCAGAUGUGGAGGAGAGUACGCUGGACAACGACAUCGACGUGCAGCCUCCCACGCCCGCCAUGCUGGAGCAGGUGGUGGAGCUCAGCAUCGUCCUGACCGGGCAGACGUACAGCGAAGAGCUGGAGGAUCCAGUCAGCCUCCAGUUCCAGACGCUCAGUCGACAGCUGGCAGAGAAGAUCGAAGACGCUCUGGAGGGUCUUCCUGGGUUUAAGAGUGUGUCAGUGCUGGACUUCAGGCCUCAGGACAGCCAAGGGUUGGAGGGCUUAGUGAUUGACUACGCCGUCACCGUGGCCGUGGACGCAGCGGGUGUGAGCAACGAGCAGCUGGACUACCUGACCCUGCAGUCGAACCGGGUGGAGAACUCGUACCACGAGGUCAAGGAGCGGCCCACUGUGGUGUACACCAUCAGCGAGGUCAAGAACUUUGUCACUGAGGCUCUGCACAACAACGAGCUGGAGGCUGUGUCUGAAAUCCCAGAGUCUGUCAGCGCUGCGGACGGAGCCAUGGUGGUUGUUGUGGACGAGCCGCAGGAAAUCAAGAUCCUGGAAGAGGACGUUGAAGAUGUCGACGUUAUUGUUCUGGAGGAGAGCACUGUUGUGUCUGCGGCUCCCCUCCUGAUCACCAGUGCACCUGAAGCUGACAUCAUCGAGGAGGAGGGUCUGUUGCUGGAGGACACUGUGCAGACGGCUGCUGUAGAGAACCCCCCACCAGAGAAUUUACCGGCUGAACUUCCCUCCCCUGAGCUGCCAGAGGACGUCACGCUGCCUGAACCGCCGAUGGAGGUCGAGGCCUCCGGCUCUGACCUGGAGGACCUGCUGCAGCUGACCACAGCCUCAGACUCGGGAGAGGACGUAGAAAAUCCAGAGGAGACGGAGAGUUCGGAAGAAGAAGGCCUGCCUGCUCUCAUCCCGUCUCCCGAGGCUGUAGAUGUAGCAGGUGAAGCAUCACAACCAGAUUCAUCAGAAAUCAGUCUGUUUCCUGUGGAUGAAGAGUCGUUGGAGGUGAUAAAUGAAGAUUCAAACCUCACCGAUGUUCCACUUGCAGUUGAGGAGGAAAACCCCAAAGAUGCAGCCGUAGAUGUGAUAUUGGACAUUGAACCAUCUGAAACUUUUGAGGAAUCUGUAAUUGAAGAUCACAGUGUGGAGGAGGCAGCAGAGAGCGAAGGACAAGAGGUGCCGGUCGACUCAGGGACACCUGAAGCACCGGCAGUAGAGGAAGAGGCCACAGGAGCUCCCUCAAUCUCAACAGAAGAUCUCACGGAGGAAGAGGUUUUACUGGUGAACAAGGAUGAAGAAGAACCACCUGGGACAGAUUCUUUGAAUCCUGUCCAACCAACCGCCCUGUCUCCAGAGAGGGAGUCGCCUUUCACCCGCGUCUCUGACGUUAACCCUGCCUCUGAGGGGCUACCUGACAUCGUCAUCCCUUCACUGACCUCUAUCGAAGGCUUGGAUGACGCCACCAUUGGAGACCCGGGCUUCGACGUGGUUCAUUAUGGUUAUGGUUUGAUUAACCACACGGAGGAAGGCAGCACUGGAUUCCCGUUCGGUGUGGCACACGGCACCGACCAGGUCAGCAUCUCCAUGCCUGCGAACCCCGGACGAGCGCUGAUGGUGUUCUUCAGCCUGAGGGUGACCAACAUGAUCUUCUCCGACGAUCUCUUCAACAAGAGCUCGGCAGAGUACAAAGCUUUGGAGCAACGCUUUCUAGAGCUGCUCGUGCCCUACCUGCAGUCCAACCUGAGUCACUUUGAGAACCUGGAGAUCCUGAACUUCAGGAACGGAAGCAUUGUGGUGAACAGCCGGAUGAAAUUUGGGAAACCUGUGGCUCAGGCCGUCACCACCACCGUCUACCUGAUCCUGGAGGACUUCUGUAACACAGCCUACCAGACCAUGAACCUGGCCAUUGAUAAGUACUCUCUGGAUGUCGAGUCAGGGGACCAGGCUGACCCCUGUAAGUUCCAGGCCUGUAACGAGUAUGCAGAGUGUAAGGUGAACAAGUGGUCUGGGGAGGCGGAGUGUGUCUGUAACGCCGGCUACUUCAGUGUGGACGACCUGCCCUGUCAGAGCAUCUGCGAUCUGCGGACUGACUUCUGCCUCAAUGACGGCAAGUGUGACAUCAUCCCCGGCCAGGGAGCCAUCUGCAGGUGUCGUGUUGGGGAGAACUGGUGGUACCGAGGGGAACACUGUGAGGAGUAUGUGUCCGAGCCGCUGGUGGUUGGCAUAGCGAUCGCCUCCGUAGCUGGUUUCUUGUUGGUGGCCUCCGGAGUGAUCUUUUUCCUGGCCAGAACGUUGCGGGAUCAGUACGACAAGGAUGAGUCAGAGGAUCCCAUAAGGGGAGCAGAGAGUCUCCCGUCUCUGGAGAGUGCGACCAAGUACAAUCCCAUGUACGAGAGCGAGGCGACCACAGGCUAUAGCCACUACUACCGUCGCUAUCCCGACUAUCCACUGUACAGCAGCGCCAGUGCUGAGGCCUCCACGGACUUCAGCAGCGAGGAAAUACGGCACAUCUACGAGAACAGUGAAUUAACCAAGGAGGAAAUCCAAGACAGGAUACGCAUCAUUGAACUCUACGCUAAGGACCGGCAGUUUGCAGACUUUGUACGGCAGCAUCAAGCGGUCCUGGAUACCUGCAGAGAGAGCUCAGCUCCACAGACUUGAAACUUUGCUGUCAACAACAAGAAGAAAUAUGCCUCAGGUUACGUGAAGCUCUCUGUUACUUUCUUCUUCUUGGCCGUGCUUCCCGGAGCCUGGACCUCGCUGUGUAAAAGGACUGUCAUUCAGUACACAAUGAUUGUCUUAGUGAAGGG